GGGGAGGAGGAGGAGGAGGAGGAGGAGGAGGAGGAGGAAGAAGGGACGGCGAUCGGCAUCGACUUGGGCACCACGAAGUCCUGCGUUGGUCUCUUUCGGGACGGCAAGGUGGAAAUCAUCAGCAACAAGCAGGGCCUUCGCACCACCCCGAGCUGCGUGGCCUUCACCGAGAUGGGACGGCUGAUAGGUGAAGAAGCCAAGAACCAGGCGGCCCUCAACUCUCCCAAUAUGGUGUUCAGCACCAAGCGCUUGCUUGGCCGGGCGUACGAAGACGCAGCUGUGCUGAAGGACACACACUUCUGGCCCUUCCAGGUGGUAAAAGCCAAGGGGAAUUCACAAGUGCAGGUGUCCUACAGGGGAGCAGAGAAGUCUUUCUUCCCUGAGGAGAUCUCGGCCGUGAUUCUGGGUAACCUGAAGGAGAUGGCUGAGGACUACCUGGGACAGCCCGUCACCCAUGCGAUCAUCACUGUGCCAGCUCAUUUCAAUGACUCCCAGCGCCAAGCCACUAGAGAUGCUGGGGUAAUUGCUGGAAUCAAUGUGCUGAGGAUCCUCAAUGAGACAACAGCAGCAGCCUUGGCCUACAGCCUCCAUCACCCUGACAACGGAGAGCACAAUGUCCUCAUCUUCGAUAUGGGCGGGGGGGCUGUCAGCGUCUCUGUCUUCUCUAUAGACAGGGGCAUUGUUGAGGUGAAAGCCACAGCUGGGGACAGCCACCUGGGAGGUGACGAUUUUGACAACUGUUUGGUGAGCUUCUUUAUGGAUGAAUUUUUAAAGAAACAUCACAAGAACAUCAGCCAUGACAGACGUGCUGUUUGGAGGCUCAGGACAGCCUGCGAGGCAGCCAAAUGGACUCUCUCCUCUAGCAAGAAAGCCACCAUCAGUGUGGACUGCCUCUAUAAAGGGAUCAGCUUGCAGGCUGACAUCACUCGGGCCCAGUUUGAGCAGCUGUGUUCCAACCUCUUCCAAAGGGUGCUGAAGCCGGUGGAGAGGGUCCUCCAGGAUGCCAAACUGAGCCAGACCCAGAUAGAUGAUGUGGUUGUGGUUGGUGCCUCCACUCGCAUCCCCAGGAUCCGGGAACUACUGCAGGACUUCUUUGGGGGUCAGCCACUGAACCAGGGCCUGAACGCAGAUGAAGCCGUGGCCAGCGGGGCAGCUGUUCAGGCUGCCAUCCUGAUGGAGAACAGAUCAGAGGUGGCCAGAAACCUGCUUGCUCUCGACGUAGCAUCUGUGUCAAUGGGAAUUGAAACAGCCACUGGGAAGAUGCAUGGGCUGGUCAAGCGCAACACCGCCAUCCCCAUCGUGGUGACACGAACCUUCACGACUCUCCAUGACCACCAACCUGAUCUCCUCAUCCGCACUUACGAGGGGGAGAGAGCCAUCGCUAAAGAAAACCAUCUGCUGGGCCAUUUCCUCUUGAAGGGCCUUUCCCCAGCACCCCGUGGCUUGACCUUGUUGGAAGUGACAUUUUACAUCGACGCAGAUGGCAUCCUGAGUGUGUUCGCUCUGGACAAGGUCACAGGCAACACAAACCCAAUUGUCGUGGAUGCCAAAAAGGGGCGGCUGAGCAAGGAGGAGAUCCUGAGGUUAGCAGAGGACCAUGAGAAAUAUCGAGCAGAGGACAGAGCGCAGAAAUGGAAGCUGGCCACCAAGAACUACCUCCAGUCCUGUGCUUUCAGCAUGAAGCGAACCUCAGAGGACAUCUUGAACUACUUCACGCUGCAGGCCAAGAAGAAGAUGGUGGAGAAAUGCCAGCAGGUCUUUUCCUGGUUGAGUCCAGCUGCAUGGCUGAAGAGGAGGAGGUCAGGAGCUGUAAAAAUGGCCUCUGGGAACUCCAUGCGAGGAUUUAAAUCCCUCAAUAACAACACAACAGGGAUCAACAAGAAAAGAUCAAAGCUGAUCAUCACCACCUGUAGCUGGACCUUGCAGCUCACCCAGACCACCACCAUCAUCGACCCCUAG